GCUCAUGUUGUAAUUUCAUUCCGGACGGAUUUAUUGGUGGGACAAAAAAAAAAAAAACACACGUGAACUGCGAACUGUUUUGAUGUUGACUGGUGAUAUUCUUUUGAGAAGUCAAAAUGACGAGGUGGGCCCGAGCGAACAACGUCCAUAAACACAAAGCAGCGGACGCCACACCAUGGAAGCAGCUGAAGGCGAGCGGGAACGCUGGAGAAGCAGGAGCCAGAGCCGCUGGCCGACACAUCCAGCAGGGGCCAGGUGUAAAAAAACACAACCCGAAAAGGAAGAAACGAGAACAUGACUGUGAUGACGUGAAUGGGUUUCUGGAGUAUUUAAAGCAGAGCGGUCAGACAACCCCAGACCGGGAUCUGAGGGGAGAAGUGGCAACGGCACUGAAGAAAGACGAGAGACGAGAGAACAGACGCAUAAAGAGACAAAACAACAAAAAGAACGAUAUGAUUUGCUUCAACUGCCGGAAGCCUGGUCACGGUCUCGCUGACUGCCCAGAGGCGGAUAACGAUGAAGAGAUGGGCCGCGGGAUCUGUUAUCGGUGUGGGUCCACUGAACAUGAGAUCCAGAGAUGUCGUGCUAAAGUAGAUCCUGCCAUGGGUAAUUACCCAUAUGCCAAGUGUUUUAUCUGCGGUCAGACUGGACAUCUGUCCAAAGCCUGUCCUGAUAACCCGAAGGGACUGUAUGCUGCAGGCGGUUGCUGUCGGGUUUGUGGUUCAGUGGAACACUUUCAGAAAGAUUGUCCAGAACACCAGAACUCAACUAAUUCCAUCACCCUCGGCCGGCUGUCCAACAGAAUCAGCGCCGACCACGAGGACGUCCAUGUGCCUGUGAAGAAAGCACAACCCAAAAAAGACAAGGUGGUGGUGUUCUGAUCCACAGCUUUUGGAGGGGAUAGAAAUGGACUAUCUUAACCGAUCAUUGCAAUUUAGAUUUGCUUUCUGCAGUUAUGGACUGAAGUGUUUUUAGAGACAAACUAAAGCAACUCUUCAUGUUUUGAGACCAUUUACUUGCUAUUAAACGUCCUCAUGAUGAAAUUGC